AUGGCAACCAGCAACAGCAGCGGCAUGAGCAGUACAUAUAGCAGCAACAGCAAUAGCCAUUUAGCAACAGCAAGCAGCAGCGUUACAAGGAGCAGGGAGCAGACGCAGCUGCGGCCAAGUAGCGGCAGUAGAAGAAUGCAUCAAGAGCAGCGAGCGGGAGCAGCAAAAGGAGCAGCAACAGAGCAGCAGUCAACACGGGCGCGCGUGAGCGGCAGCGGGCGGACGGGCAGGGGCGCGCCGGGCGCGGCCAGGGGGCGCGGCUGGGCACACGAGGGCAGGCGCGGGUGCGUGGGACUGGACACGGGCAGUCAUACGCGUGCGGGUGAGCGCGGAGCUCAGGCCAUGGCGGCCUCAACGGGAGUAAGCGGCCACGACGGUGGAACGGCGGCCUACGGCGAGCAAAUCGAGGGGGCAAAUAGGGGAAUGGGCAGAGGAGCUCACGGGGGGAGCGGAGGGCGCGACCUGCGUGGCGGAGGAGCUCCAGUGAGGUAG